CCCAUUCCAGCGAACCACAUUCCCUUCGUCCACCAUUGGCAGCACACCCAGAAUGCUGUUGCUCUGCUGCUGAGCUGACACGCAGGGCAAGCAACCAUCACAAUUUGCCACCAUGGCGGAAACACCUCUCCAGCCGAUGCCAGUUCUGCUGGGAUUUCAUCCGCCACUUUGAGCGUCGAUACUAGACAAGACUCAAGACCCGACUACACAUCUGGCUGCAGUUCGACAGCUCCUAGGACGUUCCGGUUCCGGUUUUCGGGCUAUUCAGCUAGAUCCGGACACCUGUCGAUGUUCCCUGGUUGCAAAUCACGACUUUCGAUCCGUUAGGUCACGCAUCCCUCGGUGGCGAUGGUCGCCCUAAGGAGAAAGUCGUCUCGGUUCAUUGCCGCCUAGCAGUGCCUGGACGAGCGCCGGUCAACUUCCUGUGCGUUAAGGAGCCUUGCCCUAUCUGGCAUGGCCGGAUCCCAAGCUUCAGCCCCCACCCACACCACGGCUGACGUCGCUACAGCUGCUCGCGAACCUGACGUCGCAGCGUUUGCGAACGGUAACCACGAAGCGUCGCAGCUGCCCAGCGUCGCAUCUGCGACAGGCCAUUCUGACGUCGGCGAAACGACGCCGGCACCUUCGGAUGUAGUUGUAGCCCCUGCAGGCGCACUGGCCAGCGCGGAAGGGGGAGCGGAAGGGGGAGCGGAAGGAGUUGCGCAGCGGCGGAAAGCGGAAGCGGAGGAAGCGGCGAUGCGGAGCCGGGAAGAAGCGGAAGGAGGCGAGAGCGGAGGAGCUCGGAGCGGGGGAACUGCGCCGGACGCUGAGUUGGAUUCUGCCAUUGGCGGAGAAGAAACACCUGCUGCAGCUGUUGCGGAGGCAGCAGCGGCGGCGUUGGCGGAAAAGGGGGCCGCAGAGGGCGGAGCGGCGGGAGGGGGGGGAGGCACGCUGAACAAAGAGGGAGAGGAUAAGGCGGAGCAGGAGCAGCAGGAGGAGCAGCAGGAGGAGCAGGAGCAGGAGGAGGGGGAAAGGGGGGAAGGGGAGGGGGAGGAGGAGCAGAAGGAGGAGGACGUAGUGGCGAAGUUCAGUUCCGCUGCAGCGUUUGUGGAGGCGGGGCUGCAGGACGCCGCGGACGACGCGUGCAGCAUAUGCCUCGACGACUUCACGCCCGACGAACCCUCCACCCCAACCACGUGCAACCACCACUACCACCUGCAGUGCAUUCUUGAAUGGGCACAGCGCAGCAAGGACUGCCCCAUGUGUUGGCGCACUCUAGUGCUCAAGGACCCUGACAGUCAAGAGCUGCUGGCAGCGUGUGCAGCGGAGAGGGCGAUGAGGGCGCAGCAGGCGGCAGCGGCGGCAGCAGCGUCUUCCCGCAUGCACAUGAACCGCGCUGCUCUGGAGGAGUUUGCAGCGCUGCAGCAACGGCUAGCAGAGCUAUCUGAGGAUUCAGAGCUGGAGAGGCGAAUCCUACAGCACCUGGCUGCCGCUGCAGCAGCAGCAGGCUUCUCCUCCCGCUCCGCGCACCAGUACCUACACCACCACAACCACCGCCACCAGCAUGGCUCCGAUCGCCAGCAGCAGCAGCGCUUGCGGCAACACCAUCGCCAGCAGCAGCAGCAGCAGCAGGGAGAGGAUGAGGAGUCUGGCGGGGGUGCAGGUGAGAUGGCUCUUCGCCAAACCAGAUCGGCUGGCUCGAGUGGCCGUAUUAGGUUCGGCGGCAGCAGUGGUGGUGCUGGCGGGAUUUAUUUCGGGGAGAGCCGGCAGGAGGAGGGAGGAGGGAGCUUAACUCCUCCGAAUGCGUUUCUGUCGGCCUUUACACGCUCGUCCAAUGCACUUUCGCUGCAAGACAUGGAGGGAAGAACAGGGGAUCACGCAGCAGGAGAGCGAGGAGGAGAACGGGGCGGAUCAGGAGGAGGAGGAGGAGUAUUGGUGACUGGAUUCGGCAGGGGAGGGCCGGGAGCAAUAGGAGGAGGCAACUCCUCCACUCCUUCUUCCAACCGCUUUUCUGCCCCCCUCUCCUCCGCCCUCCCGCGCUUGCAAUCCUCCCAUCCCGGCUCUGCACCCCGCACUGUGUCCCCCCCGAGCCUCACGGCAAGCCUCGCCCGCAGAGCAGCAGGGCAAGGGGCGAGAGAAGGCGGACAGAGCGGAAGGGAGGGCGGGGGUUCGGGCUGGCCCUCCUCCUUCUCCCUCUCGGGACAAGGCUCAGGGGCUGGUGGGGGGGGAAGCGCACGGGGGGGCGGAGGGGGAGCGGGAGGGGGGCGGGAUGGCGGGUCGGGGACGGGGCAUGGAGGGUCGUCGUCGUCGUCGUCGUCAUCAGGGUCGUUCCUCUCUGGCCCUGCUUCCUCUGCCAUGUCCGCCUUUGCUAGCCUUGCCGCGGCGCUGGGUGGGGGGGGUGGGGGAGGAGGAGGAGACGGGUCUAGUGGGGGAGGGGGAGGGGGAGGGGGAGGGGGAGGUGGUGGUGGUGUGGGUUCAUGGUUCUUUGGCUCGUUUUCUCAGUUGGGGAGUCGGUCGCAGGGGGGAGGCGGAGGAGGAGGAGGAGGAGGAGGAGGAGGAGGUGGGGGAGGAGGGUUUGGAGGGGGAGGGACAGGGGGGUUUGGAGGGGGAAGCGGUUCGGGUGGGCGGUUAGCAAGUCAAGGCACGAGCACUCAAGGCCCAUCCCGCUCAACCUACUCGCCACCGUAUGUUGCCUCUCAACGUGCCAGCAGACCCUCCCCCCGCACAGCGGCCAGCACCCCAUCCUCCCCCCCACCGCCUCAGUCCAUGAGCAUGUCAGAACCAGACUCGCCCUCUCGCCUGCCCUCUGCUGCUGCGCCUGCCUCCACUACCACCGCUACCUCUGCCCACUCCCCGGCCAGUCACGCCGUUCGAGGGGUAUUCUCGCCCCCGUCUCGGCCCGCUAGCUCCUCCCUGUCUCUCGCUCCUGGCAGAAACGGCUCCUCUUCCCCUCAGGUUUCCUUCCGCAUCUCCUCCCCCAAUGCUGCUGGCGCUGGUGAUGCUUCGCCGCCUGGUGUUUCUGCUGCUGCCCAUGGUGGCGCUGCUGCUGCUGCAGGGACGGGCAGCAACAGUAAUCAAACAUGAGAGGGAAGCCCAGCCCCAUAGUCUUGAGUCUUGACCCAGCCCCCGUGUUAUGAAGCUGUCUAUUAUCGUAUGGAUCUACAGUGUAUCAUGCUUCACAUUCACACACACCCCCCAUGGUGCACCCUCCUAUAAACUACCGUAUCAGUAGACGAUGACACUCGUCUUGCCCACCUUCUGGUGUCGUGUGCACAUCUCAUUGUGCCCAGCACAUUCUUGACGAUCAUUCGCCCAUUUGUCAAGUUCUUCACUAAGCUAUUACAGUACAUUCAGUGGGGCCACCCACCACCAUACGUUGUUUGUAGAGCAUGAACAGAAAGUGUUGUAUUGUACUUGACGCACCAAAUAUAAGGGCGUGUCCAGC